AUGCAAAGAAGCAAUGGAACCACUGCAUGCGCCUCAUGCAAGCACCAACGUAAGAAGUGCACCGAGAAGUGCGUGCUCGCGCCGUUCUUCCCGGCCGAGAAGGGCCGGGAGUUCCAAGCGGUGCACAAGGUGUUCGGGGUCAGCAACGUGACUAAGAUGGUGAGGAACUUAAAAGAAGAGGAGCGGGGCCGGGCGGUCGAAUCGCUCGUGUGGGAGGCGAUUUGCCGCCAUAAUGACCCCGUGUUGGGACCGUUCGGAGAGUACCGAAGGGUGUACGAGGAGCUGAAGCUGUACAAGAGUCAAUACGAGCCCACAGGCAUGGUGAUUGGGUGGAACAACGCCGCCCCGGCCGCCAAUAAUAACGACGGGAGGACCACCACUAACAACAACAACGUUGUACACAAUAACAACGAUAAUAACAACAACAACAACAAUAAUUCCUUGAAUUAUAUUCAUAGCAAUGGAAAUAAUUCAGUGGUGGGAUAUAAUAACUAUCCUAUAAAUCAUCCCCAAAAUUUUGAAAAAUUGAGAAGAGAAAGUGACAACGGUUCAACGGUUAUUCUACCCGCACGCCAACACCCUAUCAAUGGUUUCAAUCAGCAGUAUUUUAUUGCAGGGCAGUAUAAUCCAGCUGAUACCAAAUCAAUGGAAAGCAGCCUGUGGGAUGGAGUCUCGUAG